UUAGGUAUGAAUAGUAAAAUUUCCUAUUUUCAUUGCUGGAGAACUUCAUGGCUUUUCUCUGUCCUUCGUGGCGCUUACUGGGGUUUCAGGCGCAACACUACGUAGGGUAUUCCACUCACUUUAACAAAACCAGGUACAUUUUCCCCUACCUCCGUUCACCAGUUCCAUUUUCAAGCCUCUAUGAUCAAUCAUCUGUAUUGGACGAGGGAUGCCAUAUCAAAAAACAAUCUCAUAUAGAUGAAAGAUUCGUUCUUGACCAACUCUCUGAUCUAUUUCCAGUACCAAGUAGUACUUUUGCUUCGAAUUUGGUGGAAAAGAAAGAAAUUGCUAGAGCAGCUGAUGGAUUUCUAUUGCCUGAAGACAAACUGCGUGGCAUUUUUCUUCAAAAUAUGAGAGGGAAAGCUGCGAUAGAGAGUGCUUUAACGAGUGUUGGUGUGGAUUUGAAUCUUGAUGUUGUUGCUAAAGUAGUGAACCGAGGGAGCUUAGAUGGUGGAAAAAUGGUCAUGUUUUUCCAUUGGGCUAUUCGACAGCCGACCAUUCCCAAAAAUAUUUUAACAUAUCAUAUAAUCCUUAAGGCAUUAGGCAGAAGAAAAUUUCUUAGUUUUAUGGUUGGAGUUUUACAUGAGUUAAGGACUCAAGGGGUUAGUCCAAACUUGGAGACCCUUUCUAUUGUAAUGGACAGUUUCAUUAUGGCUAGACAAGUAUCCAAAGCGAUCCAAAUGUUUCGUCAUUUGGAUGAAAUCGGGUUAGAAUGUGAUACAGAGUCUUUGAAUGUGCUUCUUCAAUGUUUGUGCCGUCGAUCCCAUGUUGGUACUGCAAAUUCUCUACUUAAUUCAAUCAAGGGAAAAAUACCGUUUGAUGCUACUACUUAUAAUGUUGUUCUAAAUGGGUGGUCAAAAUUCGGUAGAGUUGGUGAAAUGGAGAAGGUUUUGGAAGUAAUGGUGGGAAAUGGAAUUGAUCCUGAUAGUUUGACAUUUAGUUAUAUUAUUGAGGGUUUAGGUAGAGCUGGUCAGAUUGAUGAUGCUGUUAGAGUUUUUCAGGGCAUGGAAGAGAAAGGUUUGAUCCCAGACACUAGUGUUUACGAUGCUAUGAUUUCUAAUUUUAUAUCUGUUGGGAAUUUUGAUGAAUAUAUGAAGUAUUAUAACAGUAUGUCGAGUAGUAAUUGUGAACCAAGUGUUGAUACUUACACCAAAUUAAUUGGUGGUCUUCUUAAAGCCCGGAAAGUGGCUGAUGCACUUGAGGUUUUCGAUCAAAUGUUGAGUAGAGGAGUUAUUCCCAGUACAGGGACUAUAACUUCCUUUGUGGAACCUUUGUGUAGUUUUGGUCCUCCUCAUGCCGCUAUGAUUGUGUACAGGAAAGCAAAGAGGGUUGGCUGUAGAGUCUCUUUAAGUGCUUACAAACUAUUGCUUAUGCGGCUUUCUAGAUUCGGUAAAUGUGGAAUGAUCUUAAACUUAUGGAACGACAUGCAGGAAUGUGGUUAUUCUUCAGAUAUGGAAGUGUAUGAGUAUGUUAUUAGUGGACUUUGCAAUAUUGGGCAGCUUGAAAAUGCUGCACUUGUUAUGGAAGAGUCUCUGAGGAAAGGCUUCUGCCUAAGCAGGCGUAUCUGGAGCAAACUAAAUGGCAAACUACUUGCUUCAUAUAAAAUAGAGAGAGCUUAUAGACUGUUUUUGAAGCUUAAAGAGGCUCGUCUGAAUGACAAUGCUCGAAGACAUUGGCGUUCUAAGGGAUGGCAUUUCUGAAUUUUCAACAAUGGCAUGUGAAAAAGAUUAUUAUACUAACUCCUACUGGUUCUAGAGGGGUCACUCCUUCUGCGUCCCCUCCUGUACCCAGAUCUCUAGUUUCUAAGUUUUUCCAACCAGCAGUUAAUGAUUCGAAAGCACUGGUAGGUUCUGGAAAUGGGUUUUCUUCCACUUCAGGUUUUGAUGGUGAUUUGUUUCCUGUGACCCCUUCUCUACCUAAAGAAACUCUUCUAGAUCUGUAUUCCGCAAGCACUGCUUCUGCCUCAUCUGUUGCCGUUCCAGUUUCUAUUGCACCUCAGUCUUCCAACAAGAACAGUUCACUUAAUUCAUUGCAGGAUGCAUUCUCCAUGCAGCCUGCAGCUAAUCAAUCUCAGCGGCCGCAAGCACCUUUUGAACCCAAGCCAGUAGACUGCCCCUGGUUCUUCCUCUUUCACAUCAUCUGGUAUUUCAGUUGGAGUGGGAACAGCCACACCAGGCAACUCACAGCUUCCUUGGUCAAAGACAAACCAUCCUAUGUCCAAAAGUACACUAAAGUGUUUAUGGAAGUAGACACUGACAGAGAUGGAAGAAUCACUGGUGAACAGGCUCUGAAUCUAUUUUCGAGUUGGAGGUUGCCAAGAGAGGUCUUAAAGCAGGUGUGAUUUAUCUGAUCAGGACAAUGACAGCAUGCUAUUGUUGAAGGAGUUUUGCUUCGUUCUUUAUUUGACGGAACGGUUUAGGGAAGGUUGCCCUCUUCCAGCUGGCCUUCCACACAAUGUAUUGUAUGAUGAGACCUUGUUGUCAUUGACAGGUCAACCCGGAGCACCUCAUGGCAAAGCAGCUUGAAGUCCAAGCCCCGGAACUGGUUUUUUGACAGCGGUGACAAAGGAUGUCAGGUCCUCAGCCAAUGGGGCCUAAUUUUAAUUUGAGGUCCACAGUGCAGGCAAAUGCUCCUAGGCGAGAUGUAGUGCAAUCAAAUCGGAAAAGUUCAAGAGCACCUGCUUUUGGUGACUUGUUUCCAGACCAACGUGACAAUGGGCAUCAGACUUCUGCUGUGUCAAAACCUGAAGAAACAG